AUGGAGAACAGAUUUCUUGAUAAAGUAGAGGACAAUGCUGCUGUCCGUGUGUGGUUAGAGAAAGCACAAUCAGAGAAAGGAGAUAGUCUAGCAGAGGGGUAUACGUCGGAGUUAUGGGAUUACACCCGUAUCAGUGUGACGCAAAAUAGCCUUCAGGAAUUAAAGUAUUGGAACCCUGCAUAUAGUUGCUUUACCUUUGGAAGGGUUGAUUUAGUACCCACUAUAGAAGAGUAUACAGCUUUGCUUCAUUGCCCAAAGAUCCAGGUUGAUAAAGUCUACUCUAGAGCCGUUAAUGUCCCAACCUUUGUGAAGAAGUUGAUGAACAUCACCGGAAUGGGGGAGCAGUGGGUCACGACACGGAUCAAGCAGAAGGGGGAAAGCAGAUGCAUCCAUUGGAAAAGCCUGCAAGAGCUGGUUUUGGUACACCCUGAUACAAGAAAAAGGGUCGACGUUUUUGCUCUAGGCAUUUAUGGGCUAGUAAUUUUUCCUAAGGCACUAGGGCACGUAGAUGAAGCCGCCUCAGACCUCUUUGAUCGACUUGAAAAGAUGGUUACACCAGUCCCAGCCAUUCUAGCAGAAACCUUCAGGUCACUAAAUGCUUGUAGAAGGACAGGUGAAGGCAGAUUCAUCGGAUGUGCGCAGCUUCUUCUUGCAUGUUUCCACAACCAUUUUUGGAAGGUUGAUAAGGUUUCGUAUCGAGUCUUCUCCAGAAACUAUUCUCCAUUAAGAGAGAUAGCAACUACACCAAGGAGAGAUGAUAUCUCAGAAGAGAAAUGGUUGGCCAUUCUUCAAAAUCUUUAA